AAUUGUCAGUAUCCGACCAAAACUGUACAACCCCGGAAUAGUUUAUGCCUCAUAUGUCGGCCAUCUAAUUAGUCCUACUGGCAGCAAACAUGACAGCAGCGUGACGUGUUAGCAGCGGCAACAGUAGCAUCAGCAGCCGCCUCCUUAAAUGCCAAGUGUCGCCAUGGAUGACCUCACCGCAGCCCUCACAUCCAGCUUUGCUGUGUCCAAGGAGCCUAACAGUACAGCCGCCCCCCACCCUCGGCUGGCUCAGUACAAGAGCAAGUACAGCGUGCUGGAGCAGAGUGAGCGACGGCGGCGUUUUCUUGACCUGCAAAAAAUUAAAAGGUUAAACUAUGUCAACCAUGCACGGCGCUUGGCUGAUGGGGACUGGACGGGGGCAGACAGCGACGGGGAAGACGACAUGGAGCAGCAGGAGAACAGGGCACGGAAACUGGAGGACAGCACAGAGGAGGAGGAGAUGGAGUUAGAGAGGAGGAAGCUGCCCAAGCAUUAUGCAAACCAGCUCAUGCUGUCAGAGUGGUUGGUGGAUGUCCCACCAGAUCUGGACACGGAUUGGCUGAUGGUGGUCUGUCCUGUGGGGAAAAGAUCUCUGAUUGUUGCCUCCAAGGGUUCCACUGCAGCGUACACUAAAAGUGGCUAUUGUGUGAACCGCUUCCCUUCCCUGCUGCCCGGUGGGAACAGACAGAACUCAGCCAUGGGAAAAGACUACACAAUCUUGGACUGCAUUUACAGUGAUGUGGACAGAACCUACUACAUCUUGGAUGUCAUGUGUUGGAGAGGUCAUCCAGUCUAUGACUGCCCAACUGAGUUUCGCUUCUACUGGCUCCAGUCGAAGGUCCAGGAGACGGAUGGCUUAUCAGAGAUUGCCAAACGCAACCCUUUUCGGUUUAUGAGUCUUCAAAACACCGACUGCACAGCAGAAUCCAUUCGGAAAGCUCUGGCAGCCGAGUAUAGCUUCAGUGUGGAUGGACUUCUCUUCUACCACCGGCAGACCCACUACACCCCUGGGAGCACCCCACUGGUUGGCUGGCUUCGCCCCUACAUGGUCACAGAUAUCCUAAGUAUGGAGGUUCCUGUAGGACCCCUCACCACCAAGCCGGAGUACGCCAGCCAGCAGCUGCAGCAGAUCCUGGAACACAAAAAAGCAUCUAGUGAAGUCCGCCCCGCCAACAGAAGCGGUGGCUAUGAGUUGGAGUACCUGUCUACUCCAAGCCAGGACAGUAAGGACACCUUGAACUUCUUGAAUCAGAAGCCAAUAAAGGACACAAAUAUGGAAAUGUGAGCGGGAGGAUUAACCAGAAGCAAAAUGUUAAUUUAGGGUUCCUAUGUGUUGACAGUCGACCUGAAGCUCUUUUAGAAUGUCUGUUGAAGGACUAGUGGCAAAGCAUGGCUACUUUUACUCCAGCACUGCUCUGGAUGCCUUCGGAGUGCAGAUUAGUUGAGCUGUGCUGCGUACUGACAUGCACACGUUGUACCUUCAGAAGCUAAGACAAAAAAAUGCAGCACUGCAAAUUUGUGCUGAAGGAAUGUCUUGGUGCUCUGUGAAUUUUCAUUGUGGAUGAACCGUGCAUAAAACAUGUCAUCAUUACCGUCUGUGGGUUUUCUGCAAGUGCUGUUCAUGUCUACUCAGCAGAACACGCAGUUUUAGCAGGUCAUUAGUUCAGCAAAGCAAAGUCUGCAUGCUGAGCUGCCAGUGUGUUGAAUGACAGUCUCCUGUCAAUUGCUGAUUAGCAUCUGUGACUGACUUUUAUAGAUGAAUGUUAAAUUGAAUCAUUUUAGUGCAAAUUUCUAAAUAAAUGGCUUUUACUAACAGUUUCUACAUGUUUCCACGGGAUGUUUUAAAUGUUUUUUAUAUGUCCUCAUAUUUUCCAAUUAAAUCCAGAAAAGAA